GACGCUCCGCUCCCCGCCAAGCCGCUCUCCGGAGGAAGGGGAAGCUGUGCCAGGGGGGCAGGGGGCACACGGAGCACACGGGACACACCAAGCACACCGGGCCGCCCGCCCGGUCCCGCCGCUCCCGUCCGGGCACGGCCGCACCGGCACCGACCCCCGCUCCCCCGGCUCCCGCCGCUCCCGCCGGCGCCGCAAGUUUGUCCCUCCGCGGCCGCCAUCCCCCUCCUCCCAAGGCCCAAGAUGGCAGCGCCCGGCGGGGCAGCCGCGGCCGCGGCGCCGAUCCCGAUCGCGGCCCUGAUCCCGGUGCCGGACCCGCCGCCGUUUCCAGCCUGGCUCGCAGAGCGGCUGGACGCGCUGGGGCUGGACCGCGCCGUGUACGGCGCCUACAUCGAGGGGCUGUUGCGGGAGGAGGAGAGCGACGAGGAGCGGCUGGAAGCGCUGCGGGCCGUCCUGGCCGCCUGCCUGGAAGAAGAUCUCUUGAACGAUGUGUGCAGGGAGGUCAUGGACAGAUGGUCUGACUCUCAGGUCGUUGAUGCCAAAGAGGAGAAAGAAGAUGAGGUCCAGGCCAUCGCCAGCAUGAUGGAGAAGCAGGCCAGGAUCGUGGUGAAGCCCAAGGAGGUGUCCCAGGAGGAGAAGCAGAGGAAGGCUGCGCUUCUGGCCCAGUACGCCAACGUGACCGACGAGGAGGAUGGUGGGGAUGAACAGGAUGGAUCGACGACAGCAGUAAAUAUUGGAUCAGAAAAAUCGCUGUUCCGAAACACCAACGUGGAGGAUGUCCUGAAYGCCAGAAAGCUGGAGCGGGAGCUAYUGCGGGAUGAGUUCCAGAAGAAGAAAGAGCAGGAUAAACUCCAGCGGGAGAAGGACAAGCUGGCCAAGCAGGAGAGGAAGGAGAAGGAGAAGAAACGAACACAGAAAGGCGAGCGGAAGCGGUAGCUGGUGAUUUCCAAGUUGGACUCUCGAAGGAUAAAAUUAAUUCUGAGUACAGUGUGUGUUUAAAAAGCAGCAAGAAUUGUGGGCACAUGGCUGGGAGCAGUUCUUGGGAAGUGUUUCCUGUUUUUUUUCCUUUUUUUCUUUUUUUGGUUUUGUUGCAUAGCAGAACAGAAUCUGUGAGCAGCUCCUGGACUCAGUGUGCCCUGUGCUUGUGGUGUCAGUGUCCCAGUUGGUGCUURUGGCCAGUGUCUGUACCAAAGAAGGGUGAAGUGAUUAUGUCUGUGUUGUUAAAUUGAUCCAUUUUUAUUUCUAACCACCGGGGAGUGGAGCAGGGUGCAGGAGCAGCUCCUGCACCAGCUGUGGUUUGAGCUGAGCCCAUCCUGAAAGCCAGGACACACUGCCCUGGGGCACACAUGGAUUCAUUUCCACAAGCCUUGAAAAAUGUCUUUGCAAAGCCCUGUGUUUGUGCUGCCACAAACAAUGCUACAGCCCUGCUUGGGCUGGGGGAGCAGGAUUGGAGCUGAGCUCAGCACAGGGUGAUGCUGGCCUGCAGCAAAUCAGUGAAAUGUGUGAAACAGAGAGGAGCUGCAGCAAUGUGACUACAUCACUUGUGGGUGAGGGAAACUGCCCAGGCCGGAGCAGCAGCAAACCACACUCCUUGUGCAGUUGUAAGACUCCAGAUAGCUGGAAAAUGCUGCUCCCGAUGAACAUGGGGGAACAUGGGGUGAACGUGGACUGUUAUUUCCAGGGCUGUUACAGGGUGAAACUCUGGCACUGGUUUGGCCCGAGCAGGGUGAGCCGGGGAUGUGCUGGGGUCACUGCUCGAUGCUCUCCUUGGGCACAGCUGCCAUUAGWGCAGUGUGCUCCUCCUGAAUGCUCCUCCUGCCCCACGGGCUCAGCCCUGCUGCUCCAGCCUUUUUUGUGACGGUGUUGCCCACCACGAGAACACUAAUCCUGUGAACUGAGGGGAAUGGAGGGGCUGCGAGAGGAAGGGUGUGCCUUGGCUCUGYGCUGCAUCGUGCUCUGGGUGCCUGUUUGCUGUGAGGUGACCUGUGCUGCGCUCCUGUGCUCCUGCAGUCCUGCACUCUGAGCUCCCAGGGUGCCUGACCCAGCGCCCACUUUCAGCACCGCUCUGACUCCAGGGCCAGGCCUCCCCYUCAAGCUGCUGCUGCGCGUGAGUCUCCAGCUGCUUUGUCUUUGGACUUGAAUAAUAAAUCUGGUUGGMCAAGAAGUGGGUUCSUCUGGRUGAUG